AUGUUCUAUGGCACAGCUGUAUGGGACCCCUGGUUCAUUGUAGGGCAGAUUGUAUGCCUUCAGUGCUCAUACUAUCUGACUCUGGGAGUGUUGACGAUGCUCUUUCUUGGCCUUCGGGUCCCUCGUCUUAGUCUUGUCUACUUUUUCGAUUACGCCACCCUCACUACUUCUACGCUCACCGGAUGGUGUGUUAUUGCCUCAUUCCUGCUCUCUUCCGUGGCUGGGGCUGCCUACAUGGUUUUCUUGGUGGAAAGAGCCCGGAAAUGCUUAGACUUCUCUGCAACUCUCUAUAUCAUUCAUCUCUUGUUGUGCAUCAUGUAUGGAGGAUGGCCUUCCUCUAUGGCAUGGUGGGUUGUCAAUGGAACCGGUCUGGCCGUAAUGGCUUUGCUCGCUGAGUACUUGUGCAUCAAACGCGAACAGCGAGAGAUUCCUAUGGAUCGGUUCCAUUCAAGUAAGAUACUGAAAAUGAGUAGAGACCACUUUUCAUAUGAAAUUCAAAUUCAAAAUCUAAUCUCUGGUUGCCUAUGCGCAGGGGUUUGA